AUGACGGUGGGGGAGGUGGUGGCAGAAGGGUGUGAAGGUCAUAAUAAGAACAGGGUUACGGUACAGGAGCAGAUUCUUUGGCUGGAAGCCCAGAUCCUGCAGUCUUAGAAAAGUCCAUCAUCUCAGGGCUUUGACAAGGAGACUGGCGUUCACCUCACCCUGAAGGUGGUAAAGCCCAGUGGGGAGGAGAUGCCCUUGUUUCUGGUGGAAUUUAGUGAUAAGGGAGCAUUUCUGGGUGUGAAAUCCAGUACAACCCGAGUGGAAAAGAUGAUGCAAGCUGUGAUUAGCAUGAACCCUGACACCCCGAUUGUGACUUUUAAUGCAAAGAGGCUGGAAGAUGGGAAGAUCAUGGUAGACUGGCAUCAGACUACAGGAUUGCUCUUUCUGGCAAGGUAUUGCAUGGAGGGUUGA